CCGCCGGUCCCACUCUCGGUCGGCGGAUUGCAGUCAAAACCAAUUUCGAGAACGCUCUGUGCAGCACAUGACCUGUGUCGAAAGAGCAUGUUGUAGAGGCUUCUCAGAGGAUCCAACUCCCAGAUAAUUUGAACUUCAUAGACGUGUACGAAGAGGGAACAGCCCGCACGGACAGUGACAGCGAUGGAGGAGCUGGUGGCCAACUGCAAGGAUGUCGUGUUCGAAAUCGAAUUGGCUCUGGAUCAGCAACUCGGAGCUGCUCCGCUGCCUUUCCCCGGGAUGGACAGAUCUGUGGCACUCGCUUGCACUUUCUACAUGCGAGGCAAAUGUACCAUGGAUGCAUCGUGUCCGUUCCGGCAUAUCAAAGGAGACAGAACAGUGGUUUGUAAACAUUGGCUCCGUGGUCUCUGCAAGAAAGGAGAUCAAUGCGAAUUCCUGCACGAGUACGAUAUGACCAAAAUGCCAGAGUGUUACUUCUACUCGAGGUUCAACGCGUGCUCGAACAAAGAAUGUCCCUUCCUCCACAUCGAUCCCGAUUCGAAAAUCAAAGACUGCCCGUGGUACGACCGCGGGUUCUGCCGGCACGGACCAACGUGUCGCCAUCGGCACACGCGGAGGGUUGUAUGCAUUUCUUACCUUUGCGGAUUCUGUCCCGACGGUCCGAAAUGCAAAUUCGUUCAUCCCAAGUUCGAUCUACCCGACAUCAGUCAGCUGCAGACGAAGAAACUCGUGUUCACCUGCCAUUACUGCAACGAGUCUGGACACAAGCUCUGGCAUUGUCCAAAGAUGCCGCCAGAAGUCAAAGAGAAAUACCAACGCGAGCGCGAUGAAGUUGUAGCUCAGAACCAACAGGUGCAACAGUUCGCGAAUCAGAUGCGGCAAGCCGAUCUUGCCGCGUCGAGUGGCGGGGCAGGUGGCCAGGCCGAUAAAGGACUCAGAGGACAGGGAACUCGGAACUAUCGGCCCCUCGAUGAAGUUACAUGCUUCAAGUGCGGCGAGAAAGGUCAUUAUGCAAAUAAGUGCCCCAAGGGUCACUUAGCGUUCCUUAGCAGUGCCCUCCCUGGGAACUGA